GCCUGCUCGUCACCCGCUCUGGCCCUGCUUCCCGCUCCCUUCUCUUCUCUGUCUCGGUUUUGUGUACGAACGUACUCCAUACAUUGUGUGAUUUUGUUUUGUGUUCAAGGUCUUUCGUCCCGAGCCCUUCUCCCUACUUUGGUCCGUCCAGUCUUUGGCUGGCUCCGCUGGUGUGUCCUUCGAGGUCUGAGAUCCCUGAGAUCCGAGGUGUGAGGUGCUCUCGGGCCCUGUCCGUGCUUGUACUGUACAGAGAUCCUUCCCCCAUUCUCUGCGUGAAUGGGCGUGGUCCCCUGAACCUGAACGACCCUGACCGGGGGCUCCACGUCGGCAUCAAAGUGUUCCUCCCUUGGUCCCUUCGUGUCGGCUGGCACUGGCAACGGCUGUUAACGCUACAGAGAUGAAGGAAACAGGUGCCGUCCCGCAGCUGUCGGCUCGGGUCCUACCUAGGCUUGUCGUGUCGUGUCUUCCAUGGCUGGUGGGUGAGUGGAGUCACCGGAGUGUUCACCGUGCCUGCAGCGAGUGAACGAAUACUGGACACUCCUGGCACCUGCACCUGCAUUUAUGAGUAACCCUGGGCCGUGUGCGUGGCCUUGGUCGGGGGACGUGGGCCCCAGUCUUUCUGUCCCUUCCCCUCCCACCUGCGACCCCCCGUCCGCUGUCUCCUGCUGUUCUGCUCUGUGCUCCGGUCCACCUCCAGCGUCUCUGCAAUGAAUAUCUAAUGGAACAUGUCCCGUCUUCUCCUUCAUCUCAUUGCCAAGUAGACUAUUACAACGACGGCAUCCCCAAUAUUCACAGCCGGAAGAAAAAAAGAUCCUCGCUCUCGCUCCUCUUCGACCGUCUCGACGACACUCCAUUUCUCAACUCUCGCUCCCAUCAAUUCAACUGCAUUUCUGUGUCAGCAUCAGCUACUCGAACGACCAACGCGAAUUGCUCGCUUCCCCCGUGACAUCAUCCAGGGGCCGCCAGCACACUACAAAUCAUCACCUCCGCCGAACCCCAGCAUCACGA